AUGUCCCCAAAGAGCAUCACGUUCUCAUGCCAUGCCAUUAAAGAUUGCCUUGUCACCAGACAAUUUGGUGACCGGCGUAAUUUUCGAUCUAUCACUGAUGGUUUUGGGAGGACGAUUGCACCAUUUGAAGACAUUCCCCACAGAGUGGAUAUAUCCCAUGUUAAGAUCGGGCUACUAACCUCCAGGAGGACUCGUAUUAACGAUGAAAUACAAGCAUCAUUUGAAGGUAAAAUAUACAAACUUGGCAUCAUCGAAUUUGACGAAGAUUGGUUUCCAUUCAAAUUCGACCCCUCUGAAGACGGCAACGAAAAGACGGUAUCAGAAGAUGAGAUGGCUGAGCAAAACGAUGAAAGGGAAGAAGGGGAGAUAAGGCCGGAAAUCAAUGAUUUGGAUGAUCAAGAACCGGGGAAUUUUAGGGUUCCGGCGAAUGAUCCUACCAGGACGGAGAUGGAAGUCGAAGAGGCUCACCUUGAAGCGACGGUUCAAACAAAAAUUCUGACGGAAGAAGCUGAAGCGACACCUCGAAAUAUGGAGUUUCAAACGACUAACGGAUCGAUGGAGCAAGCUAGCCACGGAAUCGAUGCAUGCCAGCUGGACCCUAGUUAUCCAAAGUCAAAGAUAUUACAUGACGGACCUGGUAACGGCCUCCCCCCACUUGGAUGCUUUGGGCCUUUUCCGUAUCCAACUAUUUGCAAUGAAGCCCACACUUUCAUAGUGGGUAGGUCCAAUGGGAAAAGGAGAAGAGUGUUAGAUUCAACUCCUAGUAUUAGUCCAGUGGUUGAUUCGGGUGAUAUAGAUCCGAUGCCACAUACUGUCCCACUACCGGAUUCUCCUCGUAUCUCUCUAGUAGAAAAGCAUAUUGACCUGAAUACCCCUCCGAUACAGCAGGCUGAUCAUAGAUGA